AUGUUAACUCAAUUGCCACGUGUAACACCUAAUGUAAUGCUUUCUUUAGAACCCGAAUCCGAUCAAAUCCCUUACCGUCUUUCAUCUUUACCUGCUCCGAUGUUGUCUUCUCCGGCUCCACCGUUGUCUUCUUCGGCUCCGGCGGUGGCCCUGAUGUUGACUUCGGUAGAAUCGAACACCAAUCGCCGACUCAACACAUCCAUAAAACCACCAACUCUUCCCAAAACACGAAAACACACCAACCCAUCUCCGCCACCAGAUGUGGAUUUAAUGGCACUAUGUAAAAAUGGGUCGAUUAAAGAAACGAUUGAGUUAAUGUCUCAAGGUGUGCCCGCAGGAUCCGAUGUUUUUGAGCUUGUUUUGGAUUCGUGUGACGAUCUUGAACUGGGGAAGAAGGUUCAGCAGCUUCUUAUUCGAUCUCCCUACUACGGUUUUGUGAAUUUGAACUCUAAAUUGAUAGUACUAUACAUAAAAUGCAACAACAUGAGGGAUGCAUGCAGGGUGUUCGACAGAAUGCAUGAACGAGACAACUUAAGCUUAUGA